AGAGUGGCUUGACCGGGGGAGCGGCUCCGGGCCCUUAAGAGCAGCCCCCACUAAUCGCUGGCGGAAUGCUCGAUCUGCGCCGCUGCUCCGGGCUGAUUGACUGCGGCUCCGAGACACGUGCUCGCUCUGCUUCGCUGGCUGGGGGGAGAGCGCUCAGGGCCGCGUCCAGCCUUCUGUCCUGCAUUCCGUGUCAGUCCUCAGCUGGGCACAGACGCACACACAGCCCCGGCCCAGCCUCGCCCUCUCCGACCCAAUGGCCCAGCUCCAGGCUCGGUUCUUCACCGAGAACCACAAGUAUGUAGUAGAUGAUGUUCCAUUCUCUAUCCCAGCAGCCUCUGAAAUUGCUGACCUCAGUAACAUCAUCAAUAAAUUGCUGCAAGCUAAACAUGAGGACCACAAAUAUGUGGAGUUUGAUUUCCUUGUCAAGGGCCAGUUCUUGCGUAUGUCGCUGGUCAAACACAUGGAAGCGGAAAACAUCUCAACAGAGGAAGUGGUGGAAAUAGAAUAUGUGGAGAAGUACACAGCACCACAACCCGAGGAAUGCAUGUUCCAUGACGACUGGAUCAGUUCUAUUGAAGCUACAGAAGAAUGGAUCUUGACUGGCUCUUAUGAUCAGACCUCUCGAAUCUGGUCUUUAGAAGGAAAAUCCAUCAUGACAAUUGCUGGGCACACAGAGGUGGUGAAAGAUGUGGCAUGGGUGAAAAAAGAUAGUUUGUCAUGCCUGCUACUCAGUGCCUCUCUGGAUCAGACUAUCCUGCUGUGGGAGUGGAAUGUAGAGAGGAACAAAGUGAAAGCCCUUCACUGUUGUAGAGGACAUGCUGGAAGUGUGGACUCUAUAGCAGUUGACUGCACAAGAACUAAAUUCUGCAGUGGAUCUUGGGAUAAGAUGUUAAAGAUCUGGUCUGCAGUGCCUACAGAUGAAGAGGAUGAAAUAGAAGAAGCAGCAAACAGACCAAGGAAGAAGCAGAAAAUUGAACAGCUUGGACUAACCAGGACUCCCAUUGCAACUCUUUCUGGCCAUACUGAAGCCAUCUCCUCUGUGCUGUGGUCAGAUGCUGAAGAAAUUUGUAGUGCAUCAUGGGAUCAUUCAAUUAAAAUAUGGGAUGUGGAGACAGGAGGUCUCAAAUCAACUUUGACCGGAAACAAAGUGUUUAAUUCUAUCUCCUACUCACCAUUGUGUCGGCGUCUAGCAUCUGGGAGUACUGACAGACACAUUAGAUUAUGGGAUCCCCGCACUAAAGAUGGUUCCUUGGUACUCCUCUCUUUGACCUCUCACACUGGCUGGGUGACAUCUGUGAAGUGGUCUCCCACACAUGAGCAACAGCUAAUCUCAGGUUCUCUAGACAACGUUGUCAAGAUUUGGGACACAAGGAGUUGCAAGGCUCCUCUCUAUGAUUUGGCUGCUCAUGAAGACAAGGUUUUGUGUGUGGAAUGGACAGAAGCAGGGUUGCUGUUGAGUGGAGGGGCAGACAACAAGCUAUAUUCCUAUAGAUAUUCAGCAACAACCUCUGAUGUUGGAGCAUGAAAAUGAAUGGCAAGAAGAUUUUAGAGGUUACUUUCCAGUAGCCCUAACCUGUUGGAAGUUUUUAGAUAACGUACAGUUCAGCAUCUGAAGAAAACAGCCUCCUAGAAAAAAUGUCUGCUUCUACUUUGUACCAGAAAGCAGCCCUUUCUGGUUUUUGUAUUAUAGCAACAUGUAUAUGUAUUUAUAACAGAAAGACAGAACCACCAAGCAACCUCACACUUAUCUGGUCUGAUACUGAAAUCAAACAAUUGUCCCCUUUUCUCUCAUAAGGACUAUAUAAAGAACAUUGGAGUUUACUUUUAAUAGUGUUACUGAGAUUGCUAGACAAAUUACUCACUAGACUAAAUUAUUUUGUAUUAAUUCACGUUUUUUUAUAAAGCUUUUAUCUAUAAAGUUCAGUAUAUUAUGGUCUGAGCUCAAGUAGGUACUUGAGUUACACAAUUUUCAGUUGCUUCAGUGGGGGCUGGAGGUGCUUAUUAGCUCAAGAUUCACCCCUCACCCCUGAACAAUGUCUGAUCCUGCUUCCACUGAAAGAAAUGGAAUUAAGAUAAGGUUCUUAAUAGGGUUGUGAUGCAAAUUAUGUCACCAUUAUAGUUUCAAGGUGUUCUCUCUUGAUUUUAUUGGCAAAUGGAAUAUUUUGAUUCCUGUCAUUCAUAAGUUAAAGUGGUGUAAAUGUACACUUUAAAAAAAAAUUACUGGCUGAUAUUGAAAAAAUGCUCAAUUCAUUAGCCAGAUUAACAUACUAAACAGUAAUGCAUUAAUGGAAUAUCCAACUGCUAAGGAAACCCUUAUUGUGCAAUAUAGGGUGCCCAGUCCAAACAAACUAAGUACCCAUUGGCAAAAAGACUGCAGACAAAGCAAUGUUUUAUCAGAUCCAUUUAUUGUAACUGUCUAUUCUGAGCUGUAU